GUUGACUUUACUUCCUUGUCCACCCAGAUAGAGGAACUAACAACACUCUGCAUCCUCCUGCGCUUGAUUUAACACAAUGACUAAAUAAAGACAAAAAUAAUCAUCAUUUAUAGGAUCUGCUCAGCGUACAAGCUGCAGAGAUGGCGCACUGGGGGCAGCAGGGAGAGAUGACGGAGUACAGGAAGAGCAUGAUCAAACGGGAAAUGGAGAUGGGCAUGGUCAUGACGGUCUUCAGGCAGAAGGCGGAGAGGCUCACUGUGCAGGUCAUUAUGGAGACACGGCAGGUGGCCUGGACACGCACGGCAGACAAGACCGAUGGUGUCUUGGAUCUAUUUGAGAUCCGAGAAGUUCGCCCUGGCCGAAAUUCCAAAGACUUUGAGCGCUUCAAAGACGGCAAGGACAAACAUGAUGAGAAUACGUGUUUUACCAUCUUCUAUGGCUCACAGUUUGUCCUCAACACCUUAAGUCUGGGAGCUGAUUCUGUGGAGGAUGCACAAAAAUGGCUGUUUGGACUUGAGAUGUUAGUUCAGGAGACACUGGCCACUCCUACGCCAGUUGUUAUUGAGAGCUGGCUGAGGAAGAAGAUGUAUUCUGUCAAUCAAACAAAGACAAACAGCAUAUCCAUGAAGGAGCUGAAGACACUUCUCCCAUUGCUCAACUACAAGCCCCCCAGUGCUCGCUCUCUGAAAGACAAAUUCAUGGAAGUGGGAGCAAAACAUGAUCGUUUGGACUUUGAGCAGUUUCAUAAAUUGUACAACCUUAUAAUGUUUGAUCAAAAUGAGAUUCUUGAAGAAUUCAAAAAGGAUUGUUCGUUUAUUUUAGGUAAUACAGACAAGCCUGACGCUUCGGUAGUUCUGCUGCAUGACUUUCAACGAUUUCUCAUCUACCAGCAGAAGGAGCCAUGGGCAAGCGAUCUCAAUCAGGUUAAAGAGUUGAUGACCACUUUCAUUGAUGACACCAUGAGAAAAACCAAUGACCCCGAGUUCACCGUCAGUGAGUUCCUCAGCUUCCUGUUUUCCAAGGAGAACUCUCUGUGGGAUGAUAAGUUGUCAGACGUAAACAACCAAGACAUGAACAACCCUUUGUCUCAUUACUGGAUCAAUUCAUCACACAACACUUACCUGACAGGUGACCAGCUUCGUAGCGAGUCUUCCACGGAGGCGUAUGUGCGCUGCCUGCGCCUGGGAUGUCGCUGUGUUGAAUUGGAUUGCUGGGAAGGACCAGGAGAACCAAUCAUCUAUCACGGCUGGACCAGGACGACCAAAAUCAAGUUUGAAGAUGUGGUAAAAGCCAUCAAUCAGCAUGCUUUUGUGGCUUCUGAGUUCCCAGUAAUACUGUCCAUAGAAGAGCAUUGCCCAUUGGAGCAGCAGCGUCAGAUGGCUCGUAUCUUCAGGGACGUGUUUGGAGACAAACUGCUUGUUGAGCCAGUGGAGCACAUGGCUGAGCAGCUACCUUCACCCACACAACUGAAGGGCAAAAUCAUCCUCAAGCACAAGAAGCUCAGUGUCGAUGGUGGGGUUGUCAGCAAAGACUUCAGGACCUGGCAGAAACAGGGAGACUUGGAGAUGUGGGACCCUGUCAACCAGCGGUGGAACAACCACUACUGUGUGAUCUCUGAUGACAUGCUAUACUACGCAGAGGAGUAUGAGGAGGAAAAGGAAGACCUCAGGAAGUACCAGGACCUGCAUUGUUCAGAAACUUGGUUUCACGGUCACAUAAAGGAGGGCAGGCAGAUGGCAGAGCGACUGAUUCAUGAUUACUGCACAGAGAUGAGAGGAAGAGAUGGCACCUUCUUGGUCCGACAGAGUGAUCGGGUCGCCACAGACUUCACUCUCUCCUUCUGGCGCAGUGGGAGAGUCCAGCACUGCCGUAUUCGUUCUUUUUCAGAGGGGCAAAACACAUAUUACUACCUGACGGCAAACCUCCACUUUCCCAGCGUGUAUUCCCUGAUACAGCACUACAGAGAGAACCCUCUGCGCUGCCAAGACUUUGAGCUGCGGCUCACGGACCCUGUACCCCAUCCCAAUCCACAUCUACAACAAGGGUGGUUCUACAGUAACUUGAGCAGAGGUCAGGCCGAGGAUUAUCUGCUUCGGAUUCCCAGAGACGGAGCGUUCCUCCUCCGACAGAGAGAGGGAGAGCCAGACUCCUUCGCAAUUACUUUCAGAGGUGACGGUAAGGUGAAACAUUGUCGGAUCCAGAAGGAAGGUAGUGUUUACGUGCUGGGGACAACAACCGAGUUUGAGAGCCUGGUGGAGCUAGUAAACUAUUUUAAGAAGAAACCACUAUAUCGCAAGACCAAGCUGCGAUACCCAGUCACACCAGACCUCGUGGAACGCUUCAGCACAAUUCAAGACUCUGCCUCUCUGUACGAGAUGAAGACAUACGUGGAACCCAAUGAAAUUGAGUCAUCACUGCCAAAGAGUACAGUCCGUGCUGUUUAUAGCUAUCACGCCAUGAGGCAGGAUGAGCUCACCUUCAGCAAAGGGGCUUUGAUACAUAAUGUGUUAAAAGACAACAACGGGUGGUGGAAAGGAGACCAUGGUGGAAAGGUGCAGCUCUUUUUCCCAUCCAACUACGUUGAGGAAGUGUCCAAUCACACCAAACUUGACAUCAGACAACAGGGUAUGGAAGACAAUCCUUUGGGUGAACUAUGUAAGGGUGUCGUGGACAUCUCCAAGUGCAACAUCCAAAACUUGAAAAAUGGUAAAAACGGAAAGCUGCACGUUUUGACUGUUCAGAACAUGGAGCAAGAUAGUCUGCAUUACGACUUGGCAGCAGAAUCUCUGGAGGAGCUCUUUGAAUGGUACAAGGUGGCUUGGGGCAUCACUCAGAGGGAGAUGGGCAAGCAGUUCAGUCGGGAACAAGAGAUCAGACAACAGGAAGAAGUGGAGAAGAAAGCAGAUGUUGCGAUGGAGAUGUCAGACCUGGUGGUCUACUGUCAGCCACGCAGCAAGGAGAAAGACCGCUUUGAUAGCUACCACUACAAAGAGGUCCGCUCGUUUGUGGAGAAUAAGACACCAGGAAAGCAUCUUUCCAUGGACUUUCUGCAGUAUAACCACAAGGCUCUGAGUCGAAUCUAUCCAAAAGGCCAACGCGUGGAGUCCUCUAACUAUGACCCCUACCCUCUAUGGGCUGUUGGCUGUCACAUGGCGGCUCUCAACUUUCAGACAGCAGAUAAAUACACCCAGCUGAACCAUGCACUCUUCAGUAUGAAUGGACGCACCGGCUACAUUCUACAGCCAGAGCUCCUGCGCUCAGAAAACUAUGAUCCUCUCCAGGAGAAGAAAGAGGUCAAAUACAACAUCGUGAUCAGGGUGAUUGCUGCCAGACACCUUCCGAAGAUUGGUCGCUCCAUUUCCAGUCCUUUUGUGGAGAUUGAACUCUGUGGUCACACUGAAGCCAAGUGGAAAACCACUGUCUAUCGGGAUAACGGUCUGAACCCAGUGUGGAAAGCCACAGCGCAGCCUGUCUGCUUCAAAGUGUAUGAGCCCGAGCUCACCUUCCUGCGCUUUGUGGUCAAUGAAGAAGACAUGUUCUCAGACCCCAACUUCCUUGCUCAGGCCACAUUUCCUGUCAAAGGCAUCUGUUCAGGUUACCGCUCGGUGCCGCUGAAGAACGGCUACAAUGAAGACUUAGAAUUAUCUUCCCUGCUAGUUGACAUCAAAGUACAGCAGCCGGAGAACGCCGAAGAAGAGUUGUACUCCUCCUACAGCCAACUGAGGAAAAAGCCAGCAGAGCUCAGCAGUGAAGGACUCCUGUACAACUCACACACAAACAUUAAGCUCUCCUCUGCCCCCAACCAACCUCCCACACCUCAUCAAUUUGCGAGAGAAUACAGCACUAGUGAGAAACAAAGAGCAAAACAAAAGAGGCUAAAAAGCAACGCAUUCCAAUCUUGAGGUGCCGGAGAACCUUGGCUGUCCCCGCUACAUGCCGACGACGGAAUUCAUAUGUGAUUUGCAUACGAGUGUCUUCGUCCCUCUGGUACUUACUUGCAGCAGGCUACAAACUCAGGCACAGUCAUUUUUUUAAUGUAUUUUUUUCGUGGUAUGAAGUUAGUAUGUCAUUACUUCAUGUUGUGUUGAUCCUUAGCGUUUGAUUGCAAAACCAGAUAAUGUUGCUUUAUUAAAUGACAAUUUGUAGCACAUCAGAAGUGGCCUAUUGCAUACUUGCAAUUUAAAAUUUGAAGAUAAAUGUUUAAAGAAAUUAUUGGUAAGGUAAAAAGCAUGGAUGUAAGCUGUACUGAGUACAGACACUCCAAGUACGUCAAUAAAGAAAUAAAGUAUUUUUGUAUUUCUUCUGGUGGUUAAACAAUCUAAAAAGGUUGGCAUGUGCAUGUUGUUAGCUGCUGAAAAAUUGCUGACAAGAAGAAAUGAUAUCUGUUCCCGUGCGUAAACUGUGCAGGCAAGUGGCAUACGUAAAUGAUCAUUUUAAUUAUCCAAUUGUACGUACUGUAGGCAAAAAAUAAUUUACUGAGUGGUUUUACUAAGUAACAUAUACAAGUAGA